GCAUUGCCUCCCCAGAGGACCUUCGCCGCUCUUUUGGGGCCUCUCUCCGAAGAAGAACAAACACCAACACCAUGGCGGAGCAGGAGAGCUGGGAGUUCGGCAAGGCGGACUUUGUGCUCCUGGACCAAGUCACCAUGGAGGACUUCUUGGACAACCUCAAGCUCAGGUUUGAGAAGGGGCGCAUCUACACUUACAUCGGGGAGGUGGUGGUCUCGGUGAACCCCUACAAAGCCAUGGAGCUCUAUGGGAAAGAGGCCAUCGAACACUACCGGGGAAGGGAGCAAUACGAGAGGCCACCUCACCUGUACGCAGUGGCCGAUGCUGCCUACAAGGCUAUGAAGCGGAGGGCCAAGGACACCUGCAUCGUCAUCUCAGGAGAAAGCGGGGCCGGGAAGACCGAAGCCAGCAAGUACAUCAUGCAAUACAUUGCCGCCAUCACAAACCCCACCCAGAGGGCAGAGGUCGAGAGGGUGAAGGACGUGCUGCUGAAGUCCAACUGCGUCCUGGAGGCCUUCGGCAACGCCAAGACCAAUCGCAACGACAACUCCAGCCGCUUUGGGAAGUACAUGGACAUUGACUUUGACUUCAAGGGGGACCCCACCGGUGGGCACAUCCACAACUACCUCCUGGAAAAGUCCCGCAUCCUCAAGCAGCAGCCAGGAGAGAGAAACUUCCACGCCUUCUACCAGUUGCUCCUUGGGGCUCCGGAGGCUUUAUUGGAUUCUCUCCAUUUGAGCAACGAUCCCACAGCGUAUAGGUUUACCCAAGAAGGUGCCAGCAAUAAUUGCUUGGGCAGUGACCAGGCCGACUUCCGGGCGGUGGCGGAUGCCAUGGCCGUCAUUGGCUUCACUCCCGAAGAGAUGGGCUCCGUCUACAAGAUCCUGGCGGCCAUCCUACACCUGGGCAACGUCCGCUUUGCCACCAACGGCGAGGAGAUGGAGGUGGAAAAUGCGGAGCUGGUGUCCCUCCUUGCGGAUCUGACCUCCACGGGCUCCGAACAUCUCUCGAACUCGCUCCUCUAUCGGACGGUGGCCGCGGGGGGCGCAGAGGUCAUCCAGAAGGGCCACAGCAUCAACGAGGCCAACUAUGCCCGAGACGCCUGCGCCAAGGCCAUCUACGAGAGGCUGUUCUGCUGGAUCGUGGCCCGCAUCAACGCCGUCAUCGAGGUGAAGGGCUAUGACGCCCGGAUCCACGGCAAGAACACGGUCAUCGGCGUCCUGGACAUCUAUGGCUUUGAGAUCUUUGACAAUAACAGCUUUGAGCAGUUCUGCAUCAACUAUUGCAACGAGAAGCUGCAGCAGCUGUUCAUUGAGCUGAUCCUGCAGCAGGAGCAGGAGGAGUACCAGCGGGAAGGCAUCCAGUGGCAGCACAUCGACUACUUCGACAACCGGAUCAUCGUGGAGCUGGUGGAGGAGCCGCACAAGGGGGUGGUGGCCAUCCUGGACGAGGCCUGCUUGACCGCUGGCAGCGUCACUGAUGCCCUCUUCCUGGCCUCCAUGGAUGCUCGGCUGGGCAAGCACCCCCACUACGCCAGCAGGAAGGUCAACCCGACGGAUAAAUCCCUGGAGUUUGGGCGUGAUUUCUGCAUCAAACACUACGCCGGAGACGUCACGUAUUCUGUGGAAGGGUUUUUGGAUAAGAACAAGGACACCCUCUUCCAGGACUUCAAGCGACUGAUGUAUAACAGUGCGGACCCCGUCCUCCAGCAGAUGUGGCCGGAGGGCAAGCAGAGCAUCCAUGAAGUGACCAAGAGGCCGCUGACCGCCGCCAGCCUCUUCAAGAACUCCAUUGUCGCCUUGGUGGAAAACCUGGCUUCCAAGGAGCCUUUCUACGUCCGGUGCAUCAAACCCAACGACCAGAAGUCUCCCGACAUCUUCGACGAGGAACGCUGUCGACACCAAGUCGCCUAUUUGGGUCUGCUGGAGAACGUCCGUGUCCGGAGAGCCGGGUUCGCCUACCGCCAGCCAUACGACCGUUUCCUUCUCCGGUAUAAGAUGACCUGUGAGUACACCUGGCCGCACCACCUGAUGGCCACGGACCGGGAGGCCACGCAGGUCCUGAUGGAGCAGCACGGCUUCCAGGAGGACGUCGCCUACGGCCACACCAAGCUCUUCAUCCGCACGCCUCGGACCCUCUUCUCCUUGGAGCAGGAGAGGGCCCAGCUCAUCCCCAUCAUCGUCCUGCUGCUCCAGAAGGCUUGGCGGGGAGCCUUGGCCCGGAGGCGCUGCCGUUCCUUGCGUGCUGUCUACACCAUCAUGGCUUACUUCAAGCGACACAAGGUGAAGGCCUACCUGCGGGAGCUGGUGCACCGCUUCCAGGACGUGCGCCAGGCGGCCGACUAUGGGAAAGGGGUGGAGUGGCCGGAGCCACCUGCUGUCCUCACCUCCUUCCAGGAAAGCAGCAAGCGCAUCUUCCGCAGGUGGCGGGCACGGCAGAUCGUGAGGAACAUCCCUCCGUCCGACAUGGAGCAGAUCAAGGCCAAGGUGGCCGCCCUGGACGUCCUGCAAGGCCUGAGGAAGGACUGGGGCUGCGCACGGAACUGGUGCCGGAAUUACCUGGCCUUGGAGGACGAAAACCCCGCGAUGGCCGCCCAGUUCACCAAAAGGGUUGCGACCCUGCAGGACAAGACCCGCUUCCGCUCGGUGCUGUUCUCAUGCCAUGUCCGAAAGAUCAACCGCUGCAACAAGGGCUCGGACCGCGCCCUCCUCCUCACGGAGCAGCACCUCUACAAGAUGGACCCCAAGAAGCAGUACAAAGUCAUGCGGUCCAUCCCUCUCAGCAUGGUGACCGGUCUGAGCGUGACCAGCGGCCUAGACCAGCUGGUCGUCUUCCACACGCAGAACCACGACGGCCUGGUGGUCUGCCUCCACAAAAUGCAACCAGCCAACGACAACCGGAUCGGAGAACUAGUUGGCGUCUUGGUGGAGUACUCCAGAAGGGCCCAUCGUCCCCUGGGCGUCCAGGUCUCGGACUGCAUCCCGGCCAGCCUUGGAGGCCGCAAGAGGCUGAUCUCGGUGGAAGCUCGGGACGGACAGCAGGCUUUGCCGGACUUCGCCAAGAGCCGAGACGGCUUCGUGCUCCACUUCCCGCGGAGAUGAGCCUGGACUUUGCAUUACUUUUCUCAAUUUCCUAUUUUUGCAUCAUUGGCCCCUUUUG